CAAUGCUGCAGGUAACAGAUAUGAAUGUCACGACUCACUGAACGAAGAACAUUCACACACGUGCGUGUAUAUUGCUGCGUAUUAUAUUAUUUGGUCUAAAGUAUUCAUUGAAGAACAUAAAAAUGUUUCACAAAAAGAAUCCACAGUAUUAUUGAAUAAGCUUGCAGUAGAACAAAAUAUAGAAUGUACCAAUUCUACUACAAACAAAAAGGAACAACUCCCGUUAAGACCUUUUAAAAACAAAGAUGCAGAUUAUAAUACCAAUAAAGGAUUAUCAAAAGUUUUUAGAAAGCUAAAUAAGUUACUCCAGGAGGUCUAUAUAAUGAAAGAAGACAUCGCAGAAAUAAAAGAAAACGUUGUACCUAAUAGAUUCAAGAAUGAUAACCGCAGCGAAGGUUUACACAUUGUUAACAGAAAAGUCAUUGAUGGAAAAAAAAUCUUUAUUGAAACGUUGGAUGAUCUGGAUAUACUGGAGAGUGCUUUAGAAGAUACUGAAUAUUUCCAAAAAGUUGGUACAGCUCUUUGUCAAAUUGGUGGAGACAACGUAAAAAGUAUUACACGAAAUGUCCUGUUUGAAAUCCGGUCAAACAAAAUUGCGGCAGGCUUCAGUUGGGCGAGAGUCAGAGGGAAAAAGGGUUUCAAAGAUUUAAAUAUAACCAAACUAGAGUUCGAGUUGUGGUGCAGAGCCAGCAAAUCAAUACGUCGGAAACGGAAAUUGACAAUUUUAUUGGGAAGUGGCUGGUCCAAGCCCCGUUAAGAUGCAAGAGAGAAAUAGCGAAGAUCAACAAACCAGUGAAUUCAAAAGACAACAGUGACGAUAAAAAUUCUGAUCUUUAGCAUUCUGAUGAAAUCUUAUUCAUCAAUGAUUUGAUACCGUAUUCAGAGUUAAAUAGAAAUAGUUAUAGUUAAAAAAAAAGAGAGUUUAUUUUUUGUUAUAAUCUAAUAAGAUUAUAUAUACUUACGUUUUGUCGACAUUUACGUUUUUUGAUGUUUAUUUUCUAUAUUUGUC